AUGUCGCCUGACAUUUCAGAGAUUGGCAGGCUUGUAAUGACAUUGACAACGCCUGAUCGGUCAGACGGCGAAGAAAGCGUUCCAUGGACUGAGCAGCUUGUCGUGCUGGAGGGACUUCGACCCAAUUGGCACUAUGAGAUUCGUCUAUGCUGGCCGGCAACGAUGCCUACAGCAUUUGACCUACGCGUCCUUGAUGACCUUGGCGUUCAUCAUCAUUUGAACACCAAGCCAACACUGCUCCAUGCCAACAUGACCAAAGCAACGACACAUCGCUACUUGCUCAUCAAGGCUAGACCAGAUUUUGUGACACCACAAAAACUGUCAUCUGCGCCAGCUGUAACGUUUGAGCUGAUUCUUGAUCCCUUGGCAUUUGGAGUCUUGCCCAAGUCACUGCUACCCGUGCUUGGCUGGCUGGCACUGGCGAUCCUUGUAGGCCUGAAUCUUGUGCUACCUUUGAUUCAUGCCCUAUUGGAUGAGAUUGUUCACGGGCAGCGUCAAAAGAUGGUACGAAUCAAAAGCCAGUAG